CUCGAGCAUGUGCACCCGAACGGUCCCAGAAACUAUAACAACGAGCAUAAAUAUUUAUGAAUCGUCACGUGGUAACUUUUUGAGCGAUUUUUAAUUGCGUUUGAUUAUAUUACUUGGGCCUGAGAUUCUGAAUAUUAACCACCAGGAAAAUCGUUAAUUUCUGCCGUUUUUCUUUCAGCAAAAAUGUUAGUUAAACAUUCAUUGGGAAUUGGUUUGUCCCUGCUUGUGGCUCUUCUUAUCUACGAGGGCGUCAGGGCACAGACCAGCCAAGACCAACCCAUCUUCGCAGGCGCCAUAUCCUACAGCCUGGUGGCGAGUGUGGCGAACAAAUAUGGGACGGUGGCUGCUGAAAAUACCACACUGCCCGAGUGUGGCCGCAUAUGUGGUGACAGUAAGAAGAUUGUCUGCAUAGGGUUCAGCUGGUUGCCAACUGUACCCCUGCCUGAGACGGCUUUGGCUCGCUCAACAACCGGCCAGUGCCGGCUGUUGGUAUGCGUGCCAGACGGGACUGUGGAGAAGGGACCAGCGAGGCUCUACCUCAGGGUUCGAAACUCAAUGACUCCUCAGUAUGGGGUCUUCUGGAAAGUUCCCGAUGGGUACACGAAACUCUGCACCUUUGCCUACGCUGUCUAUCGGACCAAAAUGAACUUCACCGGCGCGGACGAAGCGUGCAGGGCGGAUGGAGGGCGUCUGCUGUUCACUAGGACACCUCAGCAGCACCUGGAGGUGAACUCGAACAUCACAAGGUCCAUCACCUACUGGAUCGGCAUGGCGGACGUUGCCGGCAACAGGAUUUUCCGCUGGCUAGAUGGCAGUGACAUUGGCCCGCGAACGGAGUGGGGGCAAGACCAGCCCAACAACUACCGCGCUGACACCAAAGAGCCGCAGAGCUGCGUCAUCCUGCACAACGGAGUGUGGAACGACGAGCAGUGCUCCAAGCUGCACAGCUACCUCUGCCAGAUCCUCUACGUUGACAUAUAAAGCGGUGCAAUAGCGUUCAGAAAAUGCUGGUGGAAUUAGGAUAACAUGAGUUAAAGUAUCACUUCUAAUUGCGAGCGGUGUUUGUUGUCUUAGAUGCAGAAGAAUAAUAUUGAUUACAAUUUGACAAAAAAUAUACGAGCGUACUAAAAUAUUUGCUAGCGAAACACCACAAUUUUUGAGAAGCAAUGCCGAGCUCACAAAUAACGUAGCACUUAUGAAUUAAUUUGUAUCUAGGACGGAAUAAUCAUGAAAAAUAAGAAAGCCUCUUUUAUUCAAAUUAGCUCUUCCAAAAUACAUUAAAUCGUUUAAAUCCCAAUCUUGAUAACUACUAGUUGUUUCUGACUACUGAAAUGAAAUUUCAACAUACUUCUAACCAAAACAAAUUCUCUACGAAACUUCCCCAUACAGCAGUUAUUCUUAGCGGUCCAAAGGAAAUCGUCAGAAAUUAAUAUUAAUCUGAAACAUAAUCAACGAUAUCAUUAGCAUAAGUAUCAAUUACUCGCGGAAUUAUAUUGGUUAUAAACAAUCGUCGUCUGACU